AUGGAAAAGAGGGAUUUGACCUUUGAACCUGACACAAAGAGGUUGAGGGAGGCGUACUUGACUUGGCAAGAGCCACUGCUGCAGACACGCGAGAUGGGUCUCCUGUUCUCGAGAAAGAAGUACCAGACGAGGAAGGAGAUACUGGAAGGCCUUGAGCACGUGAGGGGCCGCUGUCACGACAUCAGGCGGCUGACAGACCAGAGGCAGAGGAACGUGUACCAGGAGAAGAGCUUCAUUGGCUACCUCCUCAUCCUCUCCUUCAUCUCCUACCUCCUGGGAGCUCUCCUCUUCUACCUAUACUAUAGUCCGCAGAGCUGGCUCGAGUACGGUCUCUAUUCCAUUCCUCUGGUCCUGUUCCCUAUCAUAGUUUAUCUGGUGAAGAAACUGCUGAAUAUGUAUUUUGCACAUAAGAAAGAACAGUUUGAUCAACAACUCAUCACUUUACGAGCUGAAAAGAGGAAAGUUCUAAACGAGGUGAUGGAGAGCGAGACGUUCAACGUUGCUAGGGAACUGUUGCAGCGAUACGACCCAGGCAACUCGUUUCUCCGUCAGACCAGAGACCAGAGGUCCUCCCAGGGAACCACCUCUGUCAGGACACAACAGAAUGGAGGAGGUGGACUGCGACAGAGACGACAGGCCCAAACCCCUCACCCCGCCCUGCGUCAACAGCCACACCCACACAUUUUAGCAGCAGCACAGACCGUGCCCCGCCCCUCCCAGACACGCCCAGUUCCCUCUCUGGCCCCACCCCCUGCACAGAACCCCUCCCCCUCCACUCUUGCCACUAACGUUGCCCCCCAGCAGCCUCCAGCAACAGGCCCCGCCCCCCAGCAACCCCCGGCAACAAGCCCCGCCCCCCAGAUCCCCUCCCACCACACCACUCAGUUCAUUCCUCCGGGGAUGUGUCUGGGACAGGCUCCAGGUCCUCCCGCUCCCUCUCCCAUUCUCCCUAGAGACAGAACCAGUCUUGAUAAGAUGGUAGAGUACCUAGUUGGAGAUGGUCCAAACAACAGAUAUGCCCUCGUCUGCUCCUCCUGCCACUCCCACAACGGAAUGGCUCUUGGAGACGAAUUUGAAUUCGUCACAUUCCGCUGCGCCUACUGCUACACACUCAACCCAGCUCGCAGGAAAAAACCAUCACUCCUCAGACGAACUUCGACCUCUGCCAGCGAGGUCGUGUCUGCUGCUGACUCGGCGGCUCCACCACUGGUUGCCAUGGCAACGACAGCAGGGCAUGUCUCCAUGGAAACGGAUACAUAUGAAGGAAAUGAAGACAGCAGUCAACAGGAGGCCGCGGCAGCUGCUCAGGUGGCAGAGGUUAUUGAAUCAGGUCCACCACCAGAGCUGCAGAUUCCUGCAGCUGGCGAUGAUCCCACUGACUAGCAGUAAUACCUGCUGUCCCCUGGACCUAUAUAGUCUAGUGGUCCUCUAGUGAAUAUUGAUCACUGCUUGCUGUUCGCUGAUAUAUUAUCAUGACUUCACCGUGUGUGUGUCUGAGUGUGUAGUUGCAUUUUUAUAUGUUUCACAAUUUAUAGCAUCACUCAAAAUGAGAUGUGAAUAAUUCCAACUGUAUGUACGAUGAAUUAUUGUUUGUGUUAUAUUCGAUUAAUGAGCUGCUCUGUUUCAAGAUGGGACAGCCCGGAAAUGCCCUGGGACUGGUUGAAAUGAUUUGGUCUGUCUGUGUUGUAGGAAAUGCUCACUCCUUUCUUCCUAUAUCUCUGAACCUCUUCUCUAAUAAUGAGGGACAGAUUAUGGUCAGAACUUGCAAUUUGUAUCAUGUAACAAUAGACCAUGUGAUGCCAUGUACAAUUUGGACAAAUAUGAGGGAGGAAGAGGAGGGGAGGUUGAACUGAUAGAACUGGAAUCAGGAGGAGCCAAGAC